AUGAUAUAUACCGUUAUCUUUCUAGCAACCCUCCAGGCUCCCCUUGCCUAUGCCUGGUCUUACAACGUUCUCCGCGAGGGUAACGCUCCAACACCCGUAGCCGACUUCCAUGGCAUGAGAGUUCUUGAAAACCGUCUACCAUGUACACCUUUAAUCGUCCUUGGUGGCGAUGGCGAAGUCGAUCCAGUCAAUGGUCUGCAAGUCUACCAGUUUGCCCCGCAACCUAUUGACAGACAAUGGGCACGACCUGUUAAAUACAUCGGGUUCUGGGGGGAUCAGAAGUGUAGCGGUAUGCCCCGUUACGUCGUACAUUGGUACGAUCUAGUUGAUACGGCACAGUCGGUACUUUUUGAUAAUAUAAUAGAAGGAAGUUUGGGAUGGGGAGAAGGGCUACGUCCGAUUCUAGGGGUUCAUAGUUGGGCCGAGUUGGGAGAUGCGGAUAGAUUUUGGCCUGGUCUGAUUCCGCCAGGUUCCGUAGCAGUGGAAUUAGAUGAUUCGGAAACGGAGCUGGAUUUGGAAGAUUCAUAUCUUGUGCUUGAUAAUGCUGUUACGAUGGUGGAGUUGAUUUCGGGGAAUAGAAGGACUAUGCCCAGAAAGGAUAUUAAAUGGGAUGCUUAUGGAACUGGAACCAUGAACCGGCCGGGUAUUGUACAGUUGCAAUCGGGUAGCGAUUUGGAGUCCGCACGAGGUAAUAACAGGCUUGGCCAGGACGCUCAGGAGCCUGUGGAUAGACCACCAAUUAUACCGUCGAAGCAGUCGGGUAAUCGGCUGCUGGGCUUUGAUGAUGACUACGGGGAUAUCCAGAUUAUUGACAAGGACCAGUUUCGUAAGAACACAGGUCGACGAGCCAGGAAAGUGCCACCACAGCCCGAGAAUCAAGCCCAAAUGAACGAGCCAGUACAGGGCGAAGGUAUGAAUCAAGUGGAUGCACCCCCUAUCGAGACCAGAAGGAGAAAGAAACCAAAUACGACGAAGCAGAAUUUAGAAAAUGAAAUAGAAGUACAGCAGCAGGAGGCGCAGAACGAAGCUCAAGGCGAGACUCAACAGCAAAGCAAUCCUAGUGCUUCAAAAGAAACAAACACACCGGACUUGAAGGAGAUCCAUGGCCAGAAGAUGAUAGAGCUACUAAAUUAUUGGGUCAGUCUCGGCUAUCCCUAUACUCAAGAGUUUCUAGUCGAGCAAAUACGUAAACUACCGGAUCCCGUCUACGUUCAACUAUUCAAACUCGCAGUAACUGGACAGAUAACUGUCCAGCAAAUCGCAAAGUAUCUAAUAGAUGUUCACCAAGCCGAUCUCCUAGAAGCGCAGAUGUUGCAAAGGGCGCAAAUCCAGGCAUUUAACCAGCUGGAAUUAAAUAGAUGGGCACAGUCCCAAGCCCAGGCAAGUCAACUAGAAAUGAUAAGGCAGGCUGCGCAGCGUCAAGGACUUACACAAAGUGGGCCCAAUUGGUUUAAUAACUACCUUGUGAACCCUUAUGCAGGUACGGGCAUGAGCGGGAAUAUCAACGGCAAUAUGGGUGGGUAUGCGAAUUCGAAUAUGAACAUGGCCGGGGGUCUCAAUCCGGCGUUUAAUAGUCAAGGGGGCCAGCAGCAAUUAGCUAGUUGGAAUUUCCAGCAAAUGUUUGGUAACCCCAAUACUCAACAGCAAAGUUACGGAAACCAAGCACAAAUGUACGGAAAUCAGGGACAAAUGUAUGGAAACCAAGGACAGACAUAUGGAAACCAAGGGCAGACAUAUGGAAACCAAGGACAGACAUAUGGAAACCAAGGACAGGCAUAUGGAAACCAAGGAGGGCAGCAGCAGUCGUUCGAAAACAUGGCCCGAGGAGGCCAGCAAGGAAAUAAUCAGGCCUAUCAGACUCAACAGACUCAACAGGUCAACUCUCAAAUCGAACAAGAAGACGACUCUGGCACAAGCUUGCAGUCCGGCGAGGAACUCCUCAACCCCGAUCUAUCAAAUCUCCGUGGCAACCACAUGCCUUCGGAUGGGAAAAGUGGUUCUCUCGGUGCACCACCGGGCACUCCAAUUAACCCUACAGCUACAGACUACACAGUUGGGUCACAAGACUCUCUAGAAUAUCUCAGAAUGCCGCAUCUAAUGGCACAACUUCCGGGAUUCGCGGGAGCGGGGGAACAAGGAGGGUUGCUAGAAAUCAAUGAUAGCCAGCUUGGCGGAUUAGCAGACUUACUUAGGCCUGAGGCGCGAGGCCCACCACUCAGUAACACCCAGAAUACUAGACCUAGUGGAGGAUCAACGUUAUCACAAAUGCUAGCGGGUAUGAACGCUAGGACAAACCAGCGACAACGUACCGGAGCCAUGGAGGAGGAGGGAUUCAAAGAGGAGGACGACGGAGCGAACGGUGAAUUUGUUAAGGAAGAAUAUGAGGAAUUCUGA